CUUGACAGUGAUUGACGUGCAGCCAUAGCAACCGGGCAGCCAAUCUGCCAAGUCCAAUAGGAAAUCAUCGGAGGGGGUUCGACUGUCUGUUUCGCCCCCCUUUCACAAAAAAGAAAGAAAGAAAAAAAAGACACCUCUGCCUCGGAUUUAAUCCUCUCCUACUUUCACCUUGAUCGCAGCCUUCUUUCCGCGACCCACAGCGAGGAUGCGGUAGGCUGCCUGCUCCACCCCUGCAGCGGCAUCCUCCUCCUCGUCACGCCGUCGCUCGUCUUCAACUUCGGGGAUUGCUUCAUCCGUGCGCGCGCGCGUGUGUGUGUGUGUGUGUGUGUGUGUGUGUGUGCGCGCGCGCGUCUCGGAUCGCCUUGGCGCGCGUAAAGGAGCCCAAGGAGUCGACGUGGAGGAGAGAGAGGAGCAAGGAGGAGGAGAGCAGGGAGAAGAAGCCUCCAUGUUUCAGCUGCCCAUCUUGAAUUUCAGCCCCCAGCAGGUCGCCGGGGUGUGCGAGACUCUGGAGGAGAGCGGCGACGUGGGUCGCCUCGGCCGCUUCCUGUGGUCGCUGCCCGUCGCCCCGGCGGCCUGCGAGGUCCUCAACAAGAACGAGUCGGUGCUGAGGGCCCGGGCCGUCGUCGCCUUCCACACCGGCAAUUUCCGCGAACUCUACCACAUCCUGGAGAACAACAAGUUCACCAAAGAGUCGCACAGCAAACUGCAGGCGCUGUGGCUGGAAGCGCAUUACCAGGAGGCCGAGAAGCUGCGCGGACGUCCGCUGGGGCCGGUCGACAAAUAUCGGGUGCGGAAGAAGUUCCCGUUACCCAGGACCAUCUGGGAUGGAGAGCAGAAAACGCACUGCUUCAAGGAGCGGACCCGGCACUUGUUACGAGAAUGGUACUUGCAGGACCCCUACCCCAACCCCACUAAAAAACGGGAGCUCGCUCAGGCUACUGGACUCACACCCACACAGGUCGGAAACUGGUUCAAAAACCGAAGACAACGAGACAGAGCCGCCGCUGCCAAGAACCGGCUCCAGCAGCAGGUCCUGUCCGGCGGCUCUGUUCGCUCCCUGGCGGACGAGGACGGCACCGUGGACCGUCUGGGGAACUCGUCCAGUCCAGAGGCGAGCCUGUCCAGCAAAGCGGCGGCCUCGGCCAUUUCCAUCACCUCCAGCGACAGUGAAUGUGACAUCUGACCACUCCACGUCCCACUCCUGAUGCUUGCAAGGAAAGGGGGCUGCGAGUGAAAGACAAUCCAAUAAACGACUCAUAGUGCCUGCACACACGGCUGCCAAAAAGACAAGAGGAUCUGUGAGGCCUAUAUACUUUUUAUUAUUUUGCAUCUAACACCCCGAAGGGGACAAGCGGUAGUAAAUGGAUGGAUGGCAUACAGACCGAGCCAGACUCCCCCUUGAGUUGACAGAAGGCCUAAAAAUACAAAUAAGAAUGACGAUAAUGAUAGAUAAUGUUAAUAAUAACGAGCGCCUAUAUAACCUGCUGCUUUUUGGGUAUGCUUCAUGUUGAACAGAGAGAAAGAGAAAAAGAACUGUGCUAUUUUUACGUUACUUUCAAAGUUUUAUAAAUAAUGUUUAUUUGCCUAUUUAAAACCAUCUGCUCUGUCUUUUUGGAUGUUCCUUCAUGCUUGGUGUUUUUUAAUACUUGUGCACAGGUGAACCUUGUGAGCAUGCGCGCUUUAGUGGCAUUGUGUUUCAGUCAAAGGAACAAAAAAAAGUAACUUAAUAAAAAAUAAUUGUGGAUCAAGAGCGUGUAUAGUUUUUUUUGGAUUGGUGUUUGGAUAUUAAAAAUACAUUUGCAUUAUUUGGGUUUAUGCAUGUCUGACACGUUUCACGGCAGACCUAAUUGAGCAACGUGGUGUGCGUCGGUAAUGCAGGGCGACAGCGAGGGGUCAGCGAGGGGUCAGCGAGAGGCCGACUCAGUAACCCGGAUGAUGUGCAGAGAGAGAUCAUGCAGAUGAAAACACAGCAGAUUGCGGACGUGCUCGAUCGAGCCUUAUUACCGCGCGCAUGGACGCACACUCUUCAUCAAUCUUAAUGCAGCCAUGUGCGAACGUCUAAAUAUGGCGUGCAAAAAUGAAAACAUGAAAUACAGGUGUUGCAGUUGUGCUGUAUUGUGCUUUUUGUUUUUGGACAUGCAGUGAAAGAAGCAUUGCUGAUUCUAUUAUUGCAUUUGACACUUGGUCACUUCCUAUACGUUUCAGUGUAAAACUAACAAAAAAGUAGCUUUUGUGUGCAUGGUUUUCUUCUACAUGUUGGAUGAUGCUUUCUUUUGUUCCUCGCUAACCUCCUGCAGUAGACCCAGGACCGCCUCUGGCUGAAUAUAGAACACAUCUACACACAGUUUUAUUCAUGUCAAACCAUUUUACACUUUUUAAAAUCAAAGUUGAACUUGAUUUCAAGCAUGUUUUGUACUAAAACGAAAUAAAUUGUUCAAAUAUUUAUGUUUUAGUGCAAAAUAAAACAUUAAAUAUAAUUCAAACAUAAAUGUGCAUACCUUCCUGACAUAUGUAUAGGACUGUUUACAAGCCCAGCACUAACAUUGAGACAAUGACAAUGCGAGUAGCAAUUUGCCAAUAUAUUGACAGAGCAGGAAGGGGCAUGGAAUGCGUUUGUCUAAAAUUGCAUAUGAAGUGCCCUGUCAUUCAUUACCUGCCAUUUUCCAUGCACGACUGCACACAAAACGGUGCCCCCACAGAUCAUGGGUCCCUACGCACAGCGUAUGUUUUGCCUAUAAGGAGGGAGUUCCCAAAAUGCUUGAAACAUUUUUUUUAAUGGUCAGAAAAUGUGUUUUGUACCCCUGCAACCCUGAGAGGGACAAGCAGCAGAAAAUGGAUGGAUGGAUGGAUGGCUGUAAUAUCCUGCAGUGGACAUUUUCAUCCAUCAUUUGUUCUACUGUUUUGAUGAGAGUCCUCAUGGCAAUGCUGCAGACGACAAUAGAAAAAUGUGUAAAAUAUAACUUCGCUUCAAUCUAUUGAUUUAACACUUAAGAACCUUGGCAUGCAGGGCACCUUUGAAAACACAAUAGCAUACUUUUUUUGCCCAUACAGCAGCCAUUUUGCGAGGUAUUAAUCGUCUAUUUCAGUGAUUUUGUACCACAAGUGGUACGCAGGUUACAUCUAGUGGUACACCAAAUAAUCACUUCAUUAGAUAUUCAAACACAGUGUUACUGUUCAAACUGUGUGUAAUGUGAC